CCCUGCUUGAUAGGGUUCAACUGAUCGCAUCAACGUCGACCUUCCGUCUCAGAUUUCUCAGUUGCAGUAGCUCCACCCAUCAUCCAUCGUUUUUAGGCGUUAUUUCUCUACAAUUUGAAAACCGAUUUAGACGGCGGGGCUGUGGCACGAACAUUCCGGAAGCCAUUAGAUCACUGCUGAUAGUGAAUCAUGGCAGGCCAUCAAAUUUAUGCGAAUCCUCGCAAUUUGCGCCGUAUUUUACCUUAGCGAGUUGCUCCGCACGAAGCAUCUAAACUCCCUCCCCCACCUCCACCUCCACCCUCCACUCAUGUCUGUGCACACCUUCCAGCCCCCGCGGCUCGCCGUGCAGCUCUCGCUCGGGCACAAAUUCCAGCACUGGUUCCUGCUCUUCUCGCACGACUACCGCACCGCCGACAGCCGCGAGGUGGCGCGCCUCAGCGCGCCGCACCCCCCGCCGCCCGGCGCAAAAUCACCGGGCUCGCGCCCGCUGCGCCCACGCUUCUGGUUCGAUCCGCACGCCGCGUCCGGGUGGGAGCGCGACGGGGAGUCGCUGCUGGACGUCCUCCUGUCGCUGGAUCUGCGCGAGCCGCCGAUCCUCGCGGUGGUGGAGGAGCAGACGGGGAUGCGGAGCGUCGAGGUGCUGGUCCCGGAGGAGCGGCUGUGCCGAUUCUGUGAGGGCUGCGAGCGGUGGGAGGUGCUUCACUCGGCGGAGUGGAGGUGGUUUCGUGUGCGCGACGGUCCUCUGCCGAGCUACCUGUGCCCGUCCUGCACCGAAAGGACUGGAUUGGGGCUCGUGCGCAGAGGUGCUGGAGGCGCAUAUGGGAUUCGAUCGCCUAAUCUUGUCACAGUCUAACGCGUCACGC